GAAGAUUAGUGAUGAAGACAUAGAUCAUCUGGACCCAAUCGAAGAUGACGAUGAUGAAGACUAUUCAGGAUGAAACGACAGACAGCGGACCGGUUAAAGGUGACAACGGAAUCAUAGCUGGUAGAGAUGAUGAGAAUGAAGGGCCUUCAGGGGGCAAGUCGGAGGAGGAAGAGCUUCCCCCUAUUAAGGGAGACUUUGAACCAUCAAGCACGCCUUCAGCAACACAGGAAAAGAAAAUAACGGUACUUCCUACAGUGAAAGUAGGCGAUUCUAUACCCAGCAAGCUUCAACCCAAAGGACAAAUAACCAAGGAAUUUCCUCUUAUCAAGGGUGAACAAGAAAAGAAAAUAACGGUACUUCCUACAGUGAAAGUAGGCGAUUCUAUACCCAGCAAGCUUCAACCCAAAGGACAAAUAACCAAGGAAUUUCCUCUUAUCAAGGGUGAACAAGAAAAGAAAAUAACGGUACUUCCUACAGUGAAAGUAGACGAUUCUAUACCCAGCAAGCUUCAACCCAAAGGACAAAUAACCAAGGAAUUUCUUCUGAUCAAGGGUGAACAAGGGAUCAGGGGGCCACCAGGGAUACCAGGAAAGCAAGGAUUAAAGGGUGCUGAGGGACCAAAGGGAAGCAAAGGUUCACCCGGAGUUCAGGGCCCACUCGGUUUGAAAGGCCUUCCCGGGCCCCCUGGACCUCCCGGAAGUGUCGUGGAAGUACCGAUCUCAAGUUCAGUUGGGGCUAUACCAAGCACAUCGAUUAAGGGAUUGCCUGGGCCUGUUGGGCCUGUUGGGCCUGCUGGGCCUGUUGGGCCCAAGGGAGAGCGAGGACUGCCAGGUAUCAGCGGGCCCUCUGGAAUACCUGGGACGAAGGGACUCAAGGGUCAGAAAGGAGACCCUGGGCUGGGCUCAGGCUCAAAGGGCGGCCUGCCUGGACCUCCUGGUCGCACCGGACCAAUAGGUCCUCCUGGACCUCCUGGACCUCCAGGUGCCCCCGUGUUAUUCAGCUCAAUGGAGCAGGAAACCUCAAAGGACUCUGAUAUGGAAUUGACAAGAAACACACGCAGCUGUCCAUGUGAUAAAGGGGAGAAGGGAGACCCCGGCAGGAUGGGCUUGAAAGGGGAGCCAGGGGAGGAACACGGCUCCUAUGUAGCGGGCCCCAGGGGUGAGCCGGGAAUGCCAGGUCUUCAGGGAGCUACAGGCCGUAUGGGGCCCGUGGGCCCCAAGGGAGAUUCAGUGAUGGGCCCCCCAGGGAUACCAGGGACUCCAGGAGCUAAUGGGCAGCCAGGCUAUGGCCUGGAGGGUCCCACUGGACAGCCUGGGCUCCCUGGUGCCCAAGGGCCUCCGGGAAAUCCUGGAGUAGGUGUGCCUGGAAAACCUGGACCACGAGGCCACGUUGGGGAGCACGGAAUGCCAGGGUCCCCUGGCUUCCCCGGUUCUGCUGGCGAACCAGGGCCACCUGGCCCUCCUGGGCCGCAUGGACCUCAAGGCCCUCAGGGACCUGAUGGCUCUACCGCAUCCUGCGAUCAGAGUUCACUUGGGAAUGGGGUGCUUGUGUUUGGGAACCACCAUGAGCUGGUCUCCCACAGGGCUCGAGACGGCUCCCUGGCUUAUGUGACCCAGUCUGGGAAUCUCUACUUCUGUGUGCCUGGAGGAUGGAGAAAGCUGGCAAUUGGUGAAUUUGAGCCAAACACACUCAAUGAGAAAUUGUUCCUCCCCUACGUACAUCACCAGUCAGAGGUGUCUGAUCAGGGCUUGGCAGCGCAAAGCGGCGGAAAAACUCUGUGGACAAAUGGACGUUCGCACGCUCUCUACAUGGCAGCCCUAAACACGCCGGUAAUGGGCAGCAUGGGCGGCCUGCGGGGCGCGGACACACAGUGCUUCCGCCAGGCGCGCAGCGCCGGCCUUACCGGCACCUUCCGAGCCUUCUUGGCCUCUCCCAACCAGGACCUUAAUGCCAUCGUGGACCGUGAUGAGGCUGCACAGGUGCCCAUCCUCAACCUCAAGAACGAGCUGCUCUUCUUCAACUGGAACAGUCUGUUCACUGGAGACGGGGCCUCUUUCAACCCAAAUGCGCCCAUCUACUCCUUCGACGGGGGCAACGUGCUCACAGACUCCAAGUGGCCCUUCAAGCUGGUGUGGCACGGCGCGGACGGGCAAGGGCGCCACAAGCAUGGUCACAGCUGCACUGACUGGCGUAGCAGCAGCGAUGACGUGGGCCAGGCCUCGGCCCUGCAGUCAGGGCGGCUGCUGGAUCAGCACACGCACCACUGCGCCAGCCACUUCGUGGUGCUGUGCGUGGAGAACAGCUACCGGCACCACCUGCACCAGCACGGCAAGCGGAAGAAGUAGAUGGUGCCCAGCGGUGGUGGAGUUGAGUGGAGUGCAAGCGGGGUUCUCAUUGACAAGGUGUCCUCGGAAGCUCAGAAAAAUUUUUACCUUUGUGUCAGAUGUUCACCCCACCCCCGGGAGAGAUCUUAAUCAUCUUGUCAUCUUGACGGUGGUCUUACUCAGGAACAACUAUCUCCUUCAGAUCUUUUGUAAUCAUGGAUUUCAGAUCUUAGUUUCAUUGAGUCAUCCUGUUGCCUGCCUACUGCAUGGAUUUAUUGAACAUAAUUUAAUUCGGGUCUCUGAGAAACCAUCUCAUCACGUGACCACAUCAGUUUCCUACUGCAGGAACAUCAGAGUAACCCUCUCACGUAGGUCUCGGGAAAAUCAGGCUGUUAGAACCUCAGUAUUCAUCUCGUUAAAUCUGCCCAGUGCAAAGGGAUCACAAUAAAUCACCCAUUUGUUACUGUAUGUCAUCAGGAGGGAGAUAGCUUUAUCAUAUCACUGUGUCACCUGUCACAUAGGGCUCAAAUAGGCCUUUCACAGUUGCCAUUUGGAUCCAGCAGAGAGAUCAGCACACGUACAAGGAGCCUUAUCUGUCCUUGUGUUGCAUUUCUGUAAAGGGCAUUGUAGGUUCCAUGACAAAGUGUGGGCAGUUAUAUUAACGGGUACAGGACGAGUGGUGUAAGUCAUAUUUGCUGUAUGUCACUGCACACUUGCAAAAGCGAACCUUUUGGGUUGCAAUAUUUUCUGUUUUUCAUGUCAUGUGUGGGAGGUCGUGAUGUCUCUUUGCACUUUCAAUCCAGUCAAACAUAUUAUUGACCACGCUUGGUCACUGAACAGCAUUUUUUUUUUGCAUAGACCCUACCCUCAUGAACGAUCCAGAAUAUCCUGCAAACAAUACACGCCGGGGGUGAUAGAUGUUCCAGCCUCACAACAAAAUCACGAGAAAUGCCCACAAUGAUGCGCAGACCUUACAUAUUAAUACACACAGCAAGUAGCUGCACAAAUCUGCCUGAUUGUGCUUCACGGGUAGUAUACAUGCCCCCCCACCCACCCACAGAUGAGAGCCUGCCACGUAUGUCAUAGGGGCCGUUCAUAAAUGACGUCACGCACCUAGGGGGGGGUUAGACAUUUGUGACGAUGUGUGACGAGGGGUGGGGGGGGUUGAGAAAUGUGACGUCACAACAUCAGAGUGCAGCGCCACAUUAAAUACGCACUACAAUGACAAUAGUUUAAAGUUAUUUGAAGCAUGUUUUAUUUUAAAAUGGAAAUAUUUUUUUUGGGGCGGGGGCAAAGCUUUCUGACGUCAUAUUUGAGGGGGGUCUGACUUUUUGUGACGCCGUGUGACGAGGUAGGGGGUCAAAAAUCGUCCAAAAUCGCGUGACGUCAUUUAUGGACGGCCCCAUAGGUAUUUUUUUUUAAAACAGCGUGGGGGAUUAAUAAUGAAUGAAGUGUCAACAAUUUACUCCGCUGGGUAGACGUGGGAGGCCACUGAUGGUGCUGCAGUGUAAAAAUAAAUGCACUGAAAAACCACGGAUGUAUAUUUACUCUGCAUUUUGUUUGCCAGUAUAAUGUUGUGUUAUCGACAGUGUGCUUUUAGUUAUCUCCUAUUGCCUCGUGACAUAUCAGUUUUAUCUCACUGUGCCUUGGGUCACUCUUCCACUGAAUACUAAUUCAUCAUUUUUGCUUGAAUAAUAACAACGAAUGCCAAAAGCAAAGGUAACGGUCACAUUCAUUAAACUAAAAAGGGGUUGAAACAAAAAAGUGCCUCUGCGUUGUUUUGGUUGAGUUGGCAUUCAGUGCUGCAUUUACCAGGCUAUGCCGAGCACAGUCGUUAGAAUAUGACAUGAAAAGUCCUAUGCAAUGGUGAACACAUUAGGUAAGUACAUUGAAGUGUGUUCGAUGUUCUACCUAUUUUAAAUGCUGCCUAGGUCGUAUUGCAAAAACGUGUGUUAAUCGACCGUGCUUGCUAUACUCGAGAAAUGAUACUUCAUAUUUUAAUUGGCAAUUUGAUACCAUGAAAGAUUCAAAAUGUUGUCUUGCAUUUACAACAGCCUCUCCCGGUUGAAUGUUUUACAAAAUACCAUUGGCGUCCUGUCCAUAUCAAAACAGAUAAACGAUUUGGAUAUAAUUACAGUCUAAGGGGCUCGUUUAUACUGUAUGGGCACCAUAAAGCACAACAACACAUUCACUCAGUGUUAAAAUAGUUGAAUUUAAAGUGGUCUGUUCGUUUAUGACAAACAUCUUUAAGUUCCUUAAGUCCGGAUGUCUCCAGCACAGCAUGACAGAUGUUUUUUUAUCGCUUUCUUGCUUGCUUGCUUUUGUGAUCAUCAGCAACACUGUAGCCAGUUGUACCAUUUCCACAAGGAAGUAACAGCUAUCCAUUAAAACCAUUUGCCUCAAAUUCACAGCAAAAAAAAUUCGCUUUCAUAUAAAAAAAACCUUGUUUAUGAACAAAUUAAAAUGACUUUGUUAAUGAAAAAAUAGAGGAGAAAUUAUAUAGACGGCGUUUCUGAUUGGUGUUAUAUUACUCGUUUUAUUUUCACGGGACGUUAAAGAAAGGUCAGUGUUCACGAAGACCAUUGUCACGUGUUACCGUCAUUAUGGCGCGUGCCCUACACAUGUGGUGGAAAUAGAGUUUGGCGUGGAAAACUUAAAUUCCGCAGGACACAGGAGUGCUUCAGCCUUGCAUCGUGUUAGUUGAGAGUCCAUGAUUGUGGCAGUGUUAUUGAAUCAUUGGUUCCAAAUGCUGAAUUGUCGCAGUUGUGAAAACGAGUGCUACAGUGGCCCAAAUUGCUAAAACACACCUUUGGGAACGAUUCGCUGCCAUAUUUCUCCAUGACGAUCAAUAAAUACAGCCAAUUGUUGAACAUGCGAUGUAUUUUUAAGAUUGCAUUAGUGCCAAUUGAAGGAACAUUUACAAAUGGAAAUAUUUACUCACUCUCUGUGUGUAAAGGGCAGGCAAUGUAAUGGCAGAACCUUGUUGUUUUAUUGCUUAUUGUUGGAAAAUCUACCGGCUUAAAACCAGACGCUCUGUUAUAUUAUGUUGGUGUGCCAACAAAAACAAUGUGAUUUAUGAAAUUUGGAAGUCUUGUCAAGUUUGAAUGAAUCCCAUGACAGCCCUGAAAACAUGGACUUGGUAUUUGGAAAGUAAAAAAGCAAAAACUUUCAUAAGCCGAACUGCUGUCGCUCACAAAAUUGCAUCCGCAAAAAUCAUGGCAUUGCCACAAUUCUGAAAAUAUACCAACGGCUGACGUAAGCUGGAUGAAGCACAAUCUAUUUAUUUGUAAAACUGCUGUCAAAAUGGUAAUUUGUGCUAUUAAAUUGUUGGAUUUUCAAUGCCACCACGAGAAACAUUGUUUUGAGAAGAUAAGUAAAAUGUCAAUAUGUUCUCAAUAAACGCUCAUCUUGCGAAGGCACCGGCCCCUAUGGGCUCUGGGUGCGAGUUUGUGGGUGGAAACCUUACAGAUAGAAAUCCUCGAACAAUAUCACCACAGCCCAUUCUCCACAAUUUCAAAUCUAAAAACAAUAACUUGUUGAAUAGGUCAGUAGAUAUGUUUGUGUUUUUGUAAUUUUCUAAGACAUACAUUUGCUGAAAAUAAAACAAGGUGCUAACUUUAUUACAUAGUGCUGCAAUUCCAAGAAUUUUCAUGAGGUUAAUCAAGAUUGUGUUUUAGAAUUGUGUUCUCCAUAUACACGGUAAUUGUAUAAUUUUACGUAGAAUUGGGCGAUAUAAUCCCUGUGAGUGAUGUCCAUUGAGUCCAGUUUUGGAAUUCCGUGUAAGUCCAGUAUAUGUUUUC